ACGUGCGAGAAUUUGUCCCUGCAUGUAACACGAAGACAACACAAACGAGAAACUUAUUACAACCUAAGCAUUUGACGUUUAUGUGACAACUAUAUCUGAGAGUAUCUGAAAACUAUCCGCAAUGUUAUAGUCGUCGACACAUCUGUAUGGCUAACCGCGAGAGACCGGCAAAUGAUACCCAGUGUUGUGGUCUAAAACAUUCUUCCGAUAUCGCGCGUUUUGAUAAAACCAAGUAAACAACACGAGAGCGACGGUAGUGGUCGGUUGGUUUGGUUUGGUUUACUUGUUCUGAGUAAAAUAUUCACCAUGAAUUUGUAAGGAACAAAAAAAUUAAAAAGAAAACUUUUCCAAGGAGGCCGCAGGGGACUUAGUGAAAAUAGUAGAACAAAAAAACAUUUAACUAGCAUUUCGAGUUAAUAAAAACAAUGUUAACAACAUUUACAAUAAAAAUCUUUAUCAUCAUUACAUUAUGGAUACUCAAUGCUCCCUCGAAUGCCUUUAGUCGUCAUCAUGGUCGCAAUGGUGGUGGAGGUUUAGGAGGUGGCGGCGGCAGAUAUCGUACUUCACAAAUGCAACAAACCUCAAACAUAGAUGUGCGUGAUAAAAUCCUAGAGUUGCAAUGCUACGCAAAAUGCCAAGAGAGUGGCGGCAACGGCAGCGGCAGCAGCAGUGGUGCUGGUACACGCUACACGGACUAUGAGUCCUGCCGCAAGCAAUGCCAAAUCGAAAUGAUCAAAGCGCCGAGACGUGGCUAUUGUCCGGUCAUGCAAAAUGCCAUCUUUCAAAACAUCAACAUUCAGCCGCUGCAGAAACUCUCCUGUUUGGACAACUGCAGCUAUGACUUUGAUUGUCCCGAAGUGCAGAAAUGCUGCAGUUCGUCAUGCGGCCCCGUGUGCAUGCAACCCAUUGGAGUGCGUGACGACAGUCUCCUGCCGCCCAUACCAAAGAUACUCAAGUGUACGCUCAUUGCCCGCGAGCAAAAAGUCGAAAUAACCCUACAAUCGAAUUCAACAUAUUACUUUCAUGUCGAGAUACGCCAUCACAUUGGAUCAUUGUUGUCGCCACGCAAAUUGAGUACAUGGCAGUAUCAACCGGUCGAACUAUUGGCCGAAAUAUUAAAUUUGAAUAGUAUGUUAACUACAGUGGGAUUUUAUUUAAGACCUGGCCGUUGGUAUCAAGUUCGAGUUGCAGCGAUAAAUGCCUAUGGUUUUCGUGGAUACUCUGAGGCUUCGCAGGCUUUCACUCUACCAAAUCAUCCCAAACCUCCUAAGCCACCGGCCGAUCUUAAAGUGGUAUCAUCACAUUUCGAUGGCAAACAUGUGACCAUAAAGAUUGUCUGGUGUGCCUCCAAAUCAAAUUUACCCAUAGAGAAAUAUAAAAUUAUAUGGUCACUCUAUGUAUAUGGUCUUGAUGAAUCCUUUGUUUCCAAUGAGGCAUAUGUUAAGGAUCGUCAUCAAUAUGAGAUAACUUGUCUUAUUCCUGACUCUAGUUACUACGUUCAAGUCCAAGCCAUGUCUAUCAAUGGACGAAGACGCCUUAAAUCUGAAAAAUACUCAAUACUUUAUAAUACCACUAUUGUGCCCACACAAAGCUUUGAAGCCCUCAGAUGUGGCAAGGAGCAACAGCAACAACUACAGCCGAUGACAAGGGAUGGUAGCUUAAACAAUGCCUUGGCCUCUACCGAUGAAAGAUAUUAUGCCAAGAAAUAUUCCCUUAAUGAUGCAUCUCUUGCCGACACCCCCUCCACCUCAUCGUUGUCAAUGAAAAAUGGUACUUAUGCAACAACGAAAUCCAGUGAUAAAUUUGAAGUUAAAUAUCGUCUUAAUCGCAAAUUGGGCAUGUUGGUGAUAAUAUCCGGUUUUCAUCCCAAGGAAGAGAAAAUUUAUGAACUUUGCCCGCUGCAAACCAACUGCGAAGAAGGUGAAUACAACGCCAUACGUGUAAAUAAGGAUUCAUUGGUCUUCAGUAAGCUAAGCUAUAAUACCGUCUAUACAUUUAAGCCACGCAGUAAUUCCAUUGGUGAUGGCGAAGUCAUGAAAGCCAUCACAUUUACAACGCCGAAAUGUGAGAAUUUUCGCAAAGGAUUUCCAAAAGCUAAUAUUAAGUGUUGAAAUUAUAGAACUAACUAUUAAUAAAGACCAAUCAAGUUUUUUUAAAAUACAUAAGAGAAAA